AUGCAAGAGCCUAGCAGGACGCUGCAGCAGCGAAUCCAAGGGAAUUCAAGAGCCAGGCAGCUCACCACAUUCCUCCGCCUCUCCUCCCAUCUCUCCCACAACACCCUGCAAGCAGUGUGGAAAAAGGGGGAUUCCACCGGUGAUUCCGACCGUAGUCCUCCUCCUGUUGUUGACGUUAGCACCACGGCCGCCGAUAAGGAGGAGAAUGCGGAUACAUCCGAUAAGUCUAAGCACCUUGUCUAUUCGCAUUACACCUUUUUCACUGAUCCAAACAAGAAGGUUAAGCAAGUGAAAUGCGACUUUUGCGGCAAGACGUUUAGCUUUACUAGUGUCCGUUGCGCCUCUCACCUCGCCAUAUGGAACAACCCCAAUACUCGCCGUGAGGUUGGCCCGAUUUGUAAGAACGUACCCAAGCGCGUUUCCGAUGAGAUUCGCGCGUUGAUGGAGGGGAAAAUUGCGGCGCGCAAGGACAAGGAGAAGGCGGCGGAGGCGGCGAUCUCUUCAGUGAGCGGCAAGAGCGCGGCGGGGCCAAAGCCGAAACGGGGGCGCAUGGAAGACUUCUACGGAGACGAGGGUCUCUCGUCCAAGCGGAAUGCCGACGAGGCGAUAUGCCUCUAUUUCGCGGGGAUGCGCGUGGCGGAACGGCAGUGCGAGAACCCCCUCUUCCUCAACAUGCUUCGCGCCGUCACCGCCGCCGGCCCCAACUACGUCCCUCCCAAGCGUGACUACGUCGGCGGCGCCGGACUCCUGGCGUGCAAGAAGAGGAUCGAGAAGGGAUUGGCGCCGAUUACCGACACGUGGGCGAAGACGGGCGUGACGAUCGCCAGCAAUAUGAUGACGGACAAGAGCGGGCGCGCGCAGAUGAACAUCCUGCUCCUCAACGAUGCCGGUGCUGUUUUCGUCGAGGCAGUUGACUGCAAAAUGGAGCUGAAGAGCGGAGCGUUCGUGGCCGGCAUCUUGCGCCCGAUCAUAAAGAAGAUCGGCCCGGAGAAUGUCGUCGCGCUGUGCAUGGACGGUGGCAGCAACUACGCGUCGGCAUGCAAGCUGCUGCAGGCGGAGUGGCCGCACAUCGAGCAUGUGCCAUGCGCCACCCACGUGCUCGACUUGCUGAUGGAGGACAUCGGCAAGAUGGAGUGGGCGCGAGACGUCGUCGGCCGAGCGGGCGACAUGAUCACGUUUCUGCGCAUCCACCUGUGGACGCGCGCUUUUCUGCGGAGUCCGGAGCUGCACGGCGGGAAGGCGCUGCAGCCGCUGCGACCGGUGGGCACGCGUUUUGGGACGCAGUACAUUGCCGUGUCUCGUCUUUGCCAGCUUCGCUCGCAGCUGCUGCAGAUGGUGGUGCAUGACGGCUGGAAGAAGAUGAAGGGGAAGAAGGGGAAGAAGGGGACGAAGGAGAAGAAGACGACGGCGUGUGACUUCGAGGCGUGGGUGAUGGAUGUGGAUUGGUGGGAGAAAGCGGGGUUUUUUGUGCAGCUGAUGGAGGUGCCAUUCAUGGUGAUGAGGACGGACUCGCAGGCGAAGGGGAUGAUGGGUGCUAUCUAUGACAUCAUGCUGCAGCUGACGGAGGACAUGGCGAAGCUGCUGGAUGGUGAUAUGUGUAAGCUGAAGGAGGAGGAGAAGGUUGAGGUGCAGGAGCACUUGAGGCGCCGCUGGGACGAGAGUUUGGCGUGCCCCCUUCACGUGGUUGGCCGGAUCCUUAAUCCGGCCAACCAGCUGGAGGAGAUUUUCCUGCGUGACGUCGAGUGCACCAAGGUGAUGAGGGAGUGGCUCGCCCGCUCUAAGGUCUUUGUCGACAAGUUCUGGAAGGGGAAGAAGGGGCCGCACAAGAGUUUGCAGGAGGGGAUGUUGGCGUACAUCAACGCCACUGGGAGCUUCGGAUCGGAGGAGGCGAGAUUGGGGCGUGAGGAGCUGCAGGAUAGGAAGGGGGACGUGCUGGCGUGGUGGCAGUAUCACGGCUGGGAGUAUGCAGACCUGGCUGGACUUGCGCGCCAUGCGCUGUCCCAGCAAGUUUCCGCCGCCCCGUGCGAGCGGAACUGGUCUGUUUGGGACGGCGUGCACACGGCGCGCAGGAACAGGCUCGGGUCGGAGAAGGUCCGGGACCUUGUGUACGUUGCGCACAACUGGACAGUUGUGCACAACCAUCACAAGGGAGCGGCUGUUGCAGGGCCUAGUGGGGUGGGAAGGAAGGGGGGGAUCGUGGAGGGGAACAUUCCCACCCCCCCCCUCCCCGAGGGCUACAAGCUGGAGGAGGAUGGGGAGGUGGAGGAGGAUGAGGACGCGAUCUGUGUGGAUGAGCACGCGCACCAGGAGGAUGGCGAGGAGGAGGAGGAGGGCGAGGAGGAGGAGGGCGGGGAGGACGAAGAUUAG